AUGUGUUCUGCAAUUCACUCAUCGCGAACAAUAUCGCGCAGCAUCUGCCGCAGCCUGCAAUACCCAGUCCUCGAUUUUCUUGCCCCCAGUACAGCCACUUGCGCACCACGCCAGACACUGCGAUUCUCCAGCACAGCAUCCACGUCACCGUCGCCACAAACAACAAAAGAUGGCAAGCCAAUACGGCCGCUUACACCCGAGCAGCGGGAAUUUCUCUCUUCGGCAUUGCGAGUGAACCAGACGGGUGAGCUCGCCGCCAUCCUCAUCUAUGCUGCCCAGUCACCCGUCAUCACACGGUCACAUCCCCACUUGCGCCCGCUCAUGAAGCACAUGUACAACCAGGAAGCAGGCCACUACAAAUACUUCAACGACAUCAUCUCCAAGCAUCGCAUACGCCCGACGGCCAUGACUCCCAUCUGGACGGCGGCAGCGAGUAUUCUAGGCUGGUCGACGGCUGUCAUGGGGCGUGAGGCAGCCAUGGCGUGCACAGAGGCUGUCGAGACGGAGAUCGGGACGCACUAUAAUGAGCAGGUGCGGGUGCUACUGGACUGGGCUAAGAAGUGCGAGGAGAGGGGAGAGAGCUUAGGUCCUGAGUUGGAUAAGUUGGUAGUUGAGUUGAGACGGAUAAGAGAUGAGGAACUGGAGCAUUUGGAUCACGCCGUGGAAAACGAUGCCAAGAACGCAAAGCCAUACGAACUUCUGACCGAGGUUAUAAGGGGUGGGUGUAGAGGCGCCAUCUGGGUGAGUGAGCGAGUGUAA